UACUGGGGGUGCAGCAAAGACGGCCUCUGCCAGCUGCAUCUGGGGCCGUGGAAGGUUUCGGUUUGUGCUGACGCCUGCCUGCCUGGCAGACUGACAGGGAGCUUGGAAGAGCUAAGAGCCCAGCUCAGGGCUUCACGGCAGCCCAGAUCCCUGGCUCUGGGACAGCCAGCCCGGCAUGCUGCUAUGGAGCUGGGCCUCCUGUCUUGGUAGGUGGAAAAUGGUCAUUCUGGCUUGUGGAGGAUUUUGAAAUUUGGGGGUUUUGUUUUGAAAUUUCAGGCUCCUCCAUGGAGCAGGAUUACCGUUCUCUGCCCAGCUCUGCCAGGCCUUCCCAGGCUGAGGGGCAUCGGCACCGCUUCAGUUAAAGCUGGGCAAACCCCUGUGUGGGAAGCUCUUAUGUCAGUUUAAGGGGGGCAUUUGGGUUUUGUUUAAGCAUGGUCUGAAUUGACUUCAGGUAAACUGCAGGAAUCCUGCUUUAAACCCUAAUAAGUGUCCACGUGCUCUUUGGCACUGGAUUAACUAAAGGGUUUAAAAUCACAACUUAAGUUGAAUUGGUGUAACUCUGCCUUUCUGCUCAGAGCCAGCCUGUGUCAGGGCCUGGAUGGGAGACCCCUAGGAAACCAGAGUGAUUUGGAUACUCAUCCCACAAAGCAAGUGCCCCACCUGCAGGCUCCCUCUUUUGGAUAAUGCACUUGUGCUCAUUAAAACAUCCCAGGGUGCCAUUUUUCCUCCCUGCAGUUCCUACUGGAUGCAGGAUUUUUCUUCACGUCCUGUCCUAAACUGAGUAAGGUGUUGCAGUACCCUGCUGAGCCUGUAGCGCUGGCAUGCUCGGUGAGGGAUUUUCCCAGUAGCUGUGCCAUUGGCUGCCAUUAGGGAUUUGCCAGUGGCAAUAAUUGGGGCAGGAUUCUUGCUGUCUCAUGGGAGAGCCCUGAAUUGAGGGACCCUGAAGGGAGCCAGGGAGUUGGUUUCGUGAAGCAGGUGCACAGAAGUCAGGUAUCUUGCUCUGCUUAUGGCUCAGGGAAACAAUUACAAUGUGUAGGCUCAAUGGACCAUCGUCCAGCAAUGCAGUGGGAUUGUGGCCUCCACAGCCACUGUGGUGUGGUGGCCGCUGCCUUUCCCGUUCCCUGCUAGUGUAGUUCAGCAGAGAAAAAGCCACUGGAGCUCCAGGUUAUUUCAGUGGAGAAAUCACUUUACAUUAAACCCCCAGCCAUCUGCUCACUUUCUAAUUACAAACCCAGUAAGACAUAAUUCACAGUUGUGUCCUGACAGCAGGAGGUGAUGGAGGGCAGCACCCAAAGGGAUGCUCUUUAUUCAGAGUGUAGAAGCUUGCACUGGUUUCUUGUCCUUCACAUACUAAGGCUAUGCCCAUGAUAUGGAGAUUAUACCAGCAUCACGCCAUAACAUAGAAGCAGCCUAUGUUACUGGAAGGAGUUGGCUUAUGUAGGAACAGCACCUCUCUGAAUAGCUAGCCAUGUUAAUGGAAGCGUUCUUCUGCCCACAUAGCUGUGUCUACACUGGGGUUUUGUCGGCUUAGCUAUGUGAGUCAGGCUUGGUUUCUUCACACCCCUGCCUGAUGUACUCAUGCCAGUGUAACUUUUGAGUGUAGACCAGGACUAAGUAAAAGUGGGGAGGUGGGAAGGAGAGUGAGUGUCUGUUGGACAAAGCGUUCCCAGGCGGAGGUGGGCAGGGAACACAACCCCUGUGGAAAUAGUUCAGACAGUCAUGAUCAAAAUCCUCGAGUGGUUUGGAGGCCUGUAUCAAAUGGGUUUCUCAGUCUGGUUCCCUACAGACAGAGGUCCGCACUGUGUGCAUGCACCCGCCUUCACAACUGGCACGUAGCCUCUGCAGAGGGGACAAAGGUGUGACUGGGCCCUGGACACUGUCCUACAGAGGUGGAGUCACAAGGCUGGGGUGAAGCACGCUGCCAGGAAGCAUGGAGGAAGCCUGCCCUGCCCAUGUGGUAAAUGUGGCAUGGAUGGCUGGAGGAUUUCCAGGUUGCGGAGCUGGCUCUAAAUUUCCUUGAGUGCUCACGCAGUGAGCUGCUCCCCAUGGCUGUUGAGAGCAGAACAGCGCCUCCAUAGAGGUUCAGCUCUCACAUCCAUGCUGAACGGGGACUGGACAGGGAGGCACCCGUGCAUGCCCCAGAGGUCAAAGGCUAGUUUCCACCUUUCAGCUAGACGUGUCCCAUUUUGUGUCCCAUGCUUGGCAUAACCUGGUUCUGAUCAGCUGUACCGAGGAUGCCUUCGCAGCAAGAGCAUUCCAGGCAACAGAGCCUAGCCGGCACCUUGUAGAACCGAAUCGGUGCCAAAAGCUGCAGUGAACCGGGAUGUCUCCAGCUCCUUUCCAUGGCACUACAUAGGUCAAGGAACCUGGGUCUCCACAGGUGGAUAUAUGGGCAGUGCCCCACCUGUCCCUGGCAUAGACCAAUAGAACGUAAGGUCAGGAAAUAUUGUAGGGCCCAGUUGGAAACUUUACUGGUGCUCCUCUGUGGGAUUGUGGCCUCUGGGGUCUUUAAUUGCUGCAGCCACAGCAGAAGCUGCAAAAAAGUAAUCGCUUUGCCAGAGGAUUAUCUGCAGGGAAGAAAGAAUGGGGAUUAAAGGAAGCCUCUUCCUUCAGUCCCCCCCACCCCCCCAAGCCCUCCCCUAGCUACCGGACCUGUAAGGUGCCUCUGUCCUGAGCAGAUGGAAGCGAAGUUCCCCUCCUCCAUGGGAAGGCUGGGGCGGGACGGAGCCAGACCCUGCUGGCAGCUAGGUCAGCCCGGCCAGCGUCCCCUGGCAAGGGGGAGAUGGAAAAGCAAAUACUCCGGGUCUUUUGAAAGCUGGAGUCCGAGGCCAGUGGGCGAAGGACUGGAACCUUAGAAGAACGAAGGAGGGCAGGGCAGCGAGUGGAGAGGGCACUGGACUGGGCCUGCGAUGAGCACCAUGGAGCUGGGAUUCCUCGUCUUAGUCACGCUGGCUGGGUUUGGCUCUGGUGAGGAGGAGGAAGGAAGCUUGGACACAUAUUGGUCUGGCACGGCCCCCAUCUGCAUGGGGGGCUGCAGAGGGAAACACAAGGAGCUGAAGAGGAGCCAGUGUGGGAAUGGCAGCUGCUGCUGGCUGGGAUACAAAUCCUUCUGCCGAGUGAACUGCGGGCGGCCAGAGGCAGACUUCAAUUCCAUGGUCUAUGGCAAUGACUGGUGGGUGGGUUCUGUGGUGCGCUACAGCUGCCGGCCCGGCUUCCUGCUGGUGGGGGAUCCGGCCAGUGCUUGCCAGUCCGAUGGCCACUGGACACCUAAACCCACCUGCCUCCGGAUAUGCCUCCGGGGCCGGAUUGAGAUUAACGAGCGGGACAUCGACGGCAGCUGCUCCUCCACCUGCACGGACAAGGCUCACCUCGGGGCCUUCCUCAACCAUGGCUGCAUCAAGAUCUCCAACUGUGUCACCAAGCAGUGGGGCUGGACCCGCUGGUUUACGCGCUGCGACUUCUGCGAGUGCGACUGCUACGUCCCCUGCUCUUCCUCUGGGUAGAGAUCUGGGGCAGAUGGAUUCGUGGGGAGCUGUUCUGCUGUGAAGGGGAGCUCCGUCCCAGGAGGGGCUGCAGCCAGCCUGAUGCUCACAGCGCAAUAGGCUACCGUACUGUGCCUCUCUCCCCAUCGGGCCAGACUUCUCCAUCCGUCUGUUCCUAUCACACUCUUGGCAAUGUGCUUGUGGAAGUGCAUGGUUGUGUCUGUCUCCUGGGCUGGAACCAUUUGCCAGCCUGUCUUGUUGGGGUGCAGCAUCUGCAGAGGAAAGGACUGUCUCCCCCAUAACUUAACCCUUUGCACCCUGCUUUGUUCCGAACAAGCGCAUGGGUAUAUACAGUCAUCUCCCUACUCUGCAGCAGGUUACACUGUGGGAGCAAGGGACCAGUGUUCCAAGAACAGGAAUGGGAGCCAAGGACUGCAGACUUGUAUUCCCUCCUCUGAGACCUUAGGCAAAGGAUGACACCGAUCUCUGCCUCAGUUUCCCCAUCUGCGUAAUGGGGAUGAAUAAUACCCGCCACUGGGUGUGGGGGCAUGUGGGGUUCACUGUCUGUAACACCCUUUGAAUGAGGAACGUCAUUAUCUCAGCACCACCGAUUGUUGCAGCCUCCCCUGCUGCCUCUGGCCAGACCUGGAGUCUGCGUGAGCCGGUUCCAUUGGCAGCAGGCGCAGUGAACCAAACCACCCGGCCGAAAGGGACUGCCCCUCCCUCCCUCCCCCCUGCAUGCCUGCCCUGGCGAGUCCCAGUCCCUCUCAAGGCAUGAGCGGGGAGCAGAGGCCUUCAGCUUAAAGGAGCUUUAGUCAGGGGCCAGCUGUAGAAAAAGGGGAAUUGUUCUGCAAGGGCCCCCUUUAGCAGGGGGAAUGCACCACCCCCAGUGAGAGGGGAGAGGGAGCAGCUGUUCUAGCUGGGGGAGAGGGUUGGUCCUGCCCUAAUGUGGGAUUAGGCACCAGUUUCCUCUUCUGACGCAGGGGGAUGGAAGGCAGUUGAAGGGAAUCCCCUUCCUUGCCUGCUUUGCUGUGGUGCCAUGCUACUCCCUGGCACCCAGCCACCUCUGUCCAAUGCUCUCCCUCACCUAGCAAGUGGGGAGGGUCUGUGGGACACACAAGGAUCAGCCAGUGGAGUUUUCCCUCCUGGCCACGUGUGAGGUAGGCAUGGGGAAGGUGAGGAUUAAAUGCUGUGUAUGGCAAAUGCUGCUUCUGCCCUAGGGGCUUUGUCUCUGCCCACUGGCUCCAAGCCUGUGAUCAUCGCGCCAAUAAAUCUGUCUAGAGGUGA